AUGACACAGGAGUACGACAACAAACGGCCAGUGUUGGUCCUUCAGAAUGAGGCGCUUUACCCGCAGCGGCGCUCCUACACCAGCGAGGACGAAGCCUGGAAGUCCUUCCUGGAAAACCCUCUCACCGCAGCAACCAAGGCGAUGAUGAGCAUCAAUGGGGACGAGGACAGCGCAGCCGCGCUUGGCCUGCUCUACGACUACUACAAGGUCCCAAGGGAGAGAAGGUCAUCGACAGCAAAGGCCGAUGUGGAGCACCCAGAGGCAGAUCACAGCAAAAGAAACAGCAUGCCAAAUGUGACCGAGCAGUCCCUCAUUUCCACCGGAGACAACAGAGUGCAAGUGCUGAAAAAUGUGCCAUUUAACAUCGUCCUUCCCCAUGGCAACCAACUGGGCAUCGAUAAGAGAGGCCAUCUAACGGUUCCUGACACAACAGUCACUGUCUCCAUAGCAACAAUGCCCACCCACUCCAUCAAGACGGAAACCCAGCCCCACAGCUUCGCUGUGGGGAUCCCUCCGGCGGUGUACCACCCCGAGCCCACCGAGCGCGUGGUGGUGUUUGACCGCAACCUUAAUGCUGACCAGUUCGGCUCCGGCGCUCAGCCCCCGAAUGCUCAGAGGCGCACUCCAGACUCCACCUUCUCGGAGACCUUCAAGGAAGGCGUGCAGGAGGUUUUCUUCCCCUCGGAUCUCAGUCUGCGGAUGCCUGGCAUGAACUCAGAGGACUAUGUUUUUGACAGUGUUUCUGGGAACAACUUUGAAUAUACGCUGGAAGCCUCAAAGUCGCUUCGGCAGAAGCCGGGAGACAGCACUAUGACCUACCUGAACAAAGGCCAGUUCUAUCCGGUCACUUUAAAGGAAGCGAGCAGCAGCGAGGGAAUCCACCACCCCAUCAGCAAAGUGCGGAGUGUGAUCAUGGUGGUUUUUGCCGAGGACAAGAGCAGGGAGGACCAGCUGAGGCACUGGAAGUACUGGCACUCCCGGCAGCACACGGCCAAACAAAGAUGCAUUGACAUAGCUGACUACAAAGAAAGCUUCAAUACCAUCAGCAACAUCGAGGAGAUUGCUUAUAAUGCCAUUUCUUUCACUUGGGACAUUAACGAUGAAGCAAAGGUUUUCAUUUCUGUGAACUGCUUAAGCACAGACUUCUCUUCCCAGAAGGGCGUGAAGGGGCUGCCUCUGAACAUUCAGAUCGACACCUACAGUUACAACAACCGCAGCAACAAGCCCGUGCACCGGGCCUACUGCCAGAUCAAGGUCUUCUGCGACAAGGGAGCUGAGCGGAAAAUCAGGGAUGAAGAACGAAAACAAAGCAAAAGAAAAGGCAAGUGCACUGACCCCAGCUCCCAGUUGAACGCCUUUUCUGAUGUCAAAGUGCCGCUGCUUCCCUCUCACAAGCGAAUGGACAUCACGGUCUUCAAGCCCUCCGUCGACCUCGACACCCAGCCUGUCCUCUUCAUUCCCGACGUGCACUUCGCCAACCUUCAGCGGGGCCCUCACGUCCUUUCUGUUGCCCCAGAAGAACUGGAGGGUGAAGGAUCGAACUUGAAAAGGGGGCCCUUUGGGUCAGAAGACGACUUUGUGAUCCCGCCUCCUGCUAAGCUAGCCCGCGUCGAAGAACCGAAGAGAGUGCUGCUGUAUGUGCGGAAGGAGUCAGAAGAGGUCUUCGAUGCCCUGAUGCUCAAGACCCCGUCUCUGAAGGGCCUGAUGGAAGCUAUCGCUGACAAAUACGAUGUUCCCCAUGACAAGAUCGGGAAAAUAUUCAAGAAAUGUAAAAAAGGGAUCCUGGUGAACAUGGACGACAACAUUGUGAAGCACUACUCCAACGAAGACACCUUCCAGCUGCAGAUGGAAGAGGUGGGGGGGUCCUACAGGCUCACCCUCACAGAGAUCUGAGGGCGUCCUGGCCCCAGGUCCCCACAAGUUCAAUGAAGGUGUCACAGAAGUCCUGUUGCUUGCCGAGCCGUCGGGGCGCUGGCCAGCUGCCUUCCAAACUCAC